CCCUGAGAGAGGCUCUCCAGCUCCAGGAGGAACUUGACUUGCAAAAGGCGGAGGCUCACCCGACUGCUCUCUUUGGGGGGGCAUAGGCAGCAGGGGGAAAGGGCAGCCCCCUCCAAGCCUUCCAGGGACCCCCUCAGCCUCCUCCCCCUCCCCAUGGCUUCUCCCCAGGGAGACCCUCUGCCUCAAGGCAUCUACCUGGAAAGAAGCCUCUUGGAACAAGCAGAACAGGAAGCCAAAGAGCCAGUAGAAGAUACUGAUCCUAGCACUUUGUCUUCAGAAGAACCAGAAAAGUACCCAGUUCAAGAUACAGCACUACCAAAAGAUGAGGAGUACCAAACAGAAAAGGUGACACUGGAAAUAGCAUCUGUUAACAUUAGAAGCCUAACGUCAGAUUCGGGCCUGAUACAACAGCCAGAGGAAGAUGAUGACAGUCAAAGCAGUACUGGUGAAUCACCUACAGCCCUGAAGAAAUCAUGCCCAGAAAAUGGUUCCUGCUCCCUGUGUAUGUCUCACCAACCAACCAUCAGUGAUUUGCUCAAUGACGAGGACUUACUGUACAUGAUGAGGAUAAAACUGGAUCCAUCCCACCCUACAGUGAAAAACUGGAGAAACUUUGCAAGCAAAUGGGGAAUGACCUAUGAUGAAUUGUGUUUCUUGGAACAGAAACCACAGAGUCCCACCCUGGAGUUUUUGCUACGGAACAGUGACAGAACUGUGGAACAGCUGAUAGAUCUCUGUAAAUUAUAUCAAAGAGUUGAUAUUGAGAAGUUAUUACUGAAAUGGGUGGAGAAAGAAUGGCCAAAGAGAGGGCAUGGAACCUAUCAGAAUAAUUUCUAAGUGAGCAAAAAUUUCUAAGGUGGAAAACUGACAGAGUAACGAGGCUUGAUUUACUUUGCCACUGGUGUGUAUGGAACUUCUUUAUUAGUGAAAGGAGAUACAAGUGCAUUUUAACCACAUAAAAUGUUUAAUAUAUCUAUGUAUCUAGCCUUUGUAGUUACAAAGAUGAUCCUUAAAUAUGAAUCAGUUUCAUGUCUCAUGCAGGUACCUUCCAUCUGUUAUAUGCAAUGCAUAGAUUCCUUGGAGCAGCAGCAGAAGACUCAAAGUCACAAACCAGGGUUUAGUCACAAAACACCCAAAUCACACUGCAGAAAUAAUGCAGUUUGAGAUUGCUUUAACUGCCCUGGCUUAGUGCUAGAGAAUCCUGGGCACUGUAGUUUAUUGUGGCACCAGAGCUCUUUCACAAAGAAGGCCAAAUGUCUCAAAAACUACAGAAUUCCCUAGCAUUGAGCCAGGGAAGUUAAAGUGGCCUCAAGCUGGUUUAUUUCUGCAGUGUGUUAUGAACCAUAAUCAAACAAAACACAGGUUCUUCUUUGUGAUGUCUGUGACUCACACAAAUGGGUUAUAUGUGCCUGUGCAACACAUCUGUCAGAAACAUUUAGAGCUGUACUAUAUGUGUUUCUAAAGUUACCAUUCCACCCCAAUCUCCUCAACAUCCAAGGGGGCAAGUGGUGGCAUCCCAAACUUCAGACCCUCAAGCUCGCAGCUUGGAGGCUCUUCCUAUGACAGUGCUAUCAGACUCUGUCAGGCGCAUGAUUGAAGCAGCACAGACCAUCUACUUAAUGUUCCUACUCUUACACAUAGACCAAAUUCCUUUAAUUUGCUUAGUCUAAGAAUGGCCUUCUAGCUGAAACGUGAACUAAUCAUGUCCUGGACUUCCUGUUUUUGUUUGUUUAUUUGUUUGUUUUGGGGGGGAACAAGGGCCUGUCCUUUUCAUCCAUAAAAGGUCAGCAAUUUUCUGGCACUUCCUAAGCAAUACCAAACUUUUGUGCUUCCUGAACCCUUUGGUCAAGAGGUUCCUUAAGGGAUAUAAAAUCUACACUCAUCUAUGACUGGAUCUACUGCCCAGUGGAAUUUGGAGCUAGUCCUCUCCCAGCUUUCAAGGAAAGCAUUUGAUCCCAUGGCCUCUUGUGAUCUGAGGCUACUCAAAACUGUCUUCAUAUCAGGCACAAGGGUAGGUGAGUUCUGUGCCUUUUGAGUAAAUCAGCCUUACCUUUGUUUCCAUAAAGACAAGGUGGUCUUCAAACUGGGCAUUUCAUUUCUCUUGAAGGUAGUAUUGGCCUUCAUCUGAAUCAAGACAUUGUCCUUACUGCAUUCCUACAGAAUCCUACAUCUAAUCUGGAGUGUUCUCUUCAUUGACUAGACAUGUAUCAUGUGCUGGGAUUUUGUGUUGACUAGAUAGCCUCUUUUAAAAUGUCUCAGAUGUUUUUCCUCUGCUUUCUCCAACAAAAAAGGACUUCCUGUUUCAAUUCAGCAUCUCUUCAAAUGGGUUGCAGCGACUAUCCAUCUAGCCUAUGAACUUGGUGACAAGCAUCCUCCUGUCCAAGCGUGGAAUUACUCAACCAAGGUGAUGGUGGCAUUCCUGAGAUAGGGUCCUCUACAUGACAUCUGUAGGGCUGCUACCUGAUCCCAGUCAUAGAAUGGACAUGAAGUCUCAGGUGGAGGCUGCAUUUGGGAGGGUUGUUCUCUUCUCCUGUGUUGUAUGACAUUCCCUCCUCCUAUGUUUAAUCACUUGCUGGUCUCCCAUUUGUGUGAGAUAGGCCCUGUAUGUGCCAGCCAGUGGGCGGAGUCAGGUACAGCAUCCUGACACUGGACACCCUGACUCCGCCUCCAGGGCAUCAUGGCACGACUCUGGUGCUGCAUUCAGAUGAUGCAGCACUGAAGGGGCACCAUACAGCCUUUUUGAGGGCUCAUAAAGGAGCUGCUUGUUGCGGCUCCUUUUUGCACUCUCCAGAGACCAGAUUGGGGCCACAGCAUGAGGUUGCUGCGGCCCU